AUGUCUCCAGACCUAAACCCUAUGGAGCAUCUGAAGGGCAUCCUCAAACGGAAGGGACACUGUUUGUCACAAACCAUUUCCACCCCUUCAGCCCAGCCUGCUGAGAGCCUGCCUGACAAUUUCAUAGAGUUUCACUCAGCUCCUGACAGAGUGGUGGAUGGCUCAGUGGUCCGUGUGCGCUAUCAGUGCUCCAGGCCAUGUCAGCUCACAGUGGAGGUGGUGGUGUCCACAUUAAGGAAGACAGAUUUAGUCGUUUUUAGGAAGAAAUGGAUCAGCAGUGCACCCAGAGUCCACUGGAUCCGCCGGGUGCUGCUCAAACUGCCUCCGUCCAUUUUAUAUCAACAGGACUUUUUUAACAGGCGAGUGUUGGACGCACAGAAUGUGACUGUUCGCGCUUGGUUAGACAAUUUUAAUAAUAGCAGUAAACCUGGAACAUACCAGGGCUCCAUGUUGAGGGUUUACAAAGUGCUGCAGACAACGCCGCUCUCAGAUCGUCCAGCCAAGCCUCCCACUGAGUGUCCUUCAUGGUCUGCUCACCUGACGUGGCAGACGAGCAGAGACAGAAUCCAUCAGUGUCAACACGAGUCAGACAUAAUCGACAUGCUAACAUUCCCCCUGGCGAGCACCGAUGAGCACUUUGGAGUCAUCCGCAGGCUCAAUCCUUUCAUCGACAGAUCCCUGGAGAGAGCCCGGCGACAUGCUGUGACGAAGCCCAGAGUCACCUUAUCUGUGUGGAUCUACCUGCUGGAAUGGUGUGACAUGAGGCUCUGCAGCAUCAUCCAUCACCUGGAUGGGAAGAAUUUAUUCGACUCCAUUUUGAUGCUGCUCACAGACACAGGGGACGUUAUGAUUCAGGCCCGAGUGACAACCGGAGAAGAUGACGCUUUCCGUGCCAUCAUAACGUUGCCUCUGAGGAAGUGGAUUAGAUUAGACUGUUACAUUCAGGACUCACAGGUGCUGCUGGAUGCAGCGUGGGAUGAUACAAGCCGCAGAAUCCACUAUGAAUUUAAGAGAGGAGUCCACUUUAAUGACACUGAUGGGUACUUUGUGAUCGGAGGAGGGAGGUACAUGCAGGGCUUCCGCGGAUACUACGGGCCUGUCAGAUACUAUCGCUUCGGGACUGAAGAGGUGAAAAAUCCACUUCAACCAAAGUCAACGUUGGAGGAACUGGACAGGACUCAUCAGGAGUGUCAGGAAAUGAAAGUGUUGACUAAAGCUUUCCUUCAAGAAGUGAUUAAGAGUCGACCUUCGUCAUCGUUUAACAAAAGUAAAACUCCCUUCAUCAGGCCGUGGCGUCAAACUCAGAAGAAAAUCUGCAAUCAAACAUGGACUCGGGAGAAACAACUGAAAUACAGCAACCUUUUUAAUUUCCUGCAAAGUUCAGAGAAUGAAAUAAGAGAAGGGUCCUUGAGCAUGAAGAAACUCGGGAGAGCUUUGUUUGAGCGUUCAGUUAAAGAAGUGUUCAUGAAGAAUCAGACAAAUAACUCAAUCAGCUUUAAUUCAACAUCUCUGCUAAGAGAAGCCUCCUGCUUUGGGAAUCACAGAGCUUCUCUCCUGUUGGCCACGAUCCACCUCUCCGGUCUGGGACACUCAGUCGAUCAGGAACAGGGUCAUGUUUACAGUCUGAUUGGUGCAUCAGGUGAUAACCGCUUUGCUUUGAUGCAUGCUGGGUACAAGCACUCUCAGGGGAUUGAUGGAUUCACAAAGGACCUGGAAUUGGCUUACAGCUACUAUUCCAACAUGGGGUGGCAGAGCAGCGAGGACAUCAGCAAGUUAUUCGAAAGCAAGCAAAACGUUAUUCAUUACGUCUACCUGAGCAACCCAGAGGAUUUGAACCGACUCAACCACAAGAAAAACGACGGCUUUCAAUAUGAGAAAUUCAGAGCAGAGAGCGGAGACGCGGACUCUCAGAGAAACCUGGCGGUGAUGCUGUACAGAGGAGAGAACGGCGUCUCCAAAGACACAGAGAGCGCGGUGAAAUGGUUUGAGAGGAGUGCAAUGCAGAUGAAGGAUCCUGCAGCCAUGUAUGACUACUCCAUCAUCCUGAUGAAGGGUGAGGGCGCGGAGAAGAACAACUCCCGGGGUUUUAAGAUGAUGCAGAAAGCUGCAGCGAUGGGCUCGAUCAGGGCCCUGAACGGUCUGGGCUGGUACUACUGGAAUAUCCUGAAAGACGAGAAAAGAGCAGUGAAAUACUUUGAAGAGGCGGCGCUCAAAGGAAACGAAGAUGGCAUGUUCAACCUGGGGAUUUAUUACCAGAACGGGAAUCACCCAGACAGGCCCUGGAAGAACGAGACGGCUGCCUUCCAGCAGUUCCUGAACGCCUCUUGGCACGGGCACGUCGCAGCAUCAGUGGAGGUGGCGUGGUACUUCUCCACAGGAAACCUGGAAGGAGUGUCUCAGGAUGUGGAGCGGGCUGUGAUAAUGCUAAAAAAGGUGUGCGAACAGAACGGACACCUUGGAUUUAUGAUCAGCGAGGCGCUCCAGGCCUACCUGCAGGGCUCCUGGCAGGAGGCUCUUGUGACGUACGUUUUGGCAGCCGAAACCGGUCUGGGUUUGGCUCAGAGCAAUGUCGCACACCUGUGUGAGGAGCUGAAUCUCACUCCUGAUUGUCAGUGGAGAUAUCACAACUACUCUAUUUUACACUAUGAUCCCCAUCCGGCUGCUCUGCUGAAAAUGGGAGACCACUACUACUACCCUCCCUCCAGCACGAGAGCAGACUCAUUAUCCUUGGUUGGUCGGGCGGUAUCGAUGUACGGCAGAGCAGCUGUAGCAGGCAGCCCUCAGGGAAUGUUCAACCUGGUGCUUCUGGCGAAACAAGGCCACGCUCUUCCACUGGACGUAUAUGGCUUCUUCAACCUGUCACGUCAUGACGAGCAGCACGUCGUGGUGGAGAAGAUCUUAAGAAGAUGUGUGGAGGCUGAGCAUGAAGACGCAGUGACGCCGUGUUCGUUAGCUCUGCUCGGAGUCCAGAUGGGAAAAGCCUUGAGCAGAAUGACUCAGAGCGGAGCACAGCUCGUCUUGGCGUAUGCAUCUCUUCUCUCCGCUCUUGUCAUUAUAGUCAUUGUGACUCUGCAGAGCUGUCUGAGUCAAAGGGUCCCCAGUCAGCAUGUGAGGGCGAGGACUUCGUCUGCCAGCCAGGAUGGAGUCAGCGGGAGCAGAGAGCAGAACGGCAUCAUGGGAGAAACCUUCAGAGCGGCAGGGUUUCUUCAGUUUAUCACCCUGAGAGGCGAGCAGUGUCUCCGUCAGAUGGGAGAUUUGGCGGUGACGGUGUCGGGCGUGUGCCUGUGUGUGUUCUGGACCACUCUCCUUUAUCAUCUGUUAUGACAUAAAACAGCACAAUGAGCAAACAGCCGCAGGAGUAGGCCCCAGACACAGCAGGCUGUAAGAGCACACUUUCAGCAGGAUGAGUUAGAGCUCUGUUCAUGUGACACGAGGUCUGUGACUCAUCUUAACUUAUGAGACAGAAAGGAGACAAAUGCUGCUUUAUCAGAGGGACGAUAACACUGCCUCAGAUUUUCCAUCGCUGUGUUUGUGGAGAGUACUGGACUGAUUAUGUAGUUCUUUAAUUUAAGCACAGCCUGACCCACUGAUAUAUUGUCAUGGGGAUGUGAAGCCACAAGGGGGGGGAGAGCAAAGCUUCUGUUAUGUAAUGUGAAAGUAUGAUAAUAAAAAUAAAGUUUAUUUGUGUAGCUCUUA